CGAUAUUUGUGAUUCGGACAUUUAUGACGCGUACCUUCUCAUCAAAAUCGUUUUCCAAACUUUGUAAUAUCCUCGUUUUCUAUCGUUGAUUGGCCUGGAAUUAAAUUCUAUUGGCAUAAGUCAACUUUCGCUUUCGAUGAAAAUACAUAGCCGCCGCGCAUGAAAUAUUUUUCAAAUAUUUGUUAAAAACGUCUUUUUCUUUUGCAAAGUUUCAAAUAUUAAUUGACAAACGAAUAUAUUGGUUCUAUCGAAAUAUUAGAAAAGGAUGUAACUGACUCGUGAAGAUGAAUGUAGAGGAAGUGUACAACAAAAACAUACGUUCGGCAAGGAACGAAGAAAACGAAAUGGACGAGGAAGAGGACGAGGAGGAGGACGAUAAUACCUGCUGCUCCCGAGCAACGUUUUGCAACCCGAUAUUGCGCGACAUCAUCGUAACCGAUUCAAUCUUGAGAUUCUUCGGCACGGAAAUAACGUGGGCUAACCUAUUCUGGCUGACGAGCGUUACAGCGAUGAUCCUGAUGGCCUGGAUAACUCUCUUCUUUGUCCUCGGCGAAACGAUGUUACCCAGAGGCAGUUACUUUGGUCUCUUCGUUAUCGUCGUGUUCUCUUAUUUCCUUGGAUGGAUACUCGCCUACAUUCCAUACGCGAACCUUCCACCCGUCUUCGGCAUGCUCCUAGCCGGUAUAAUCGUGAGAAAUACAAAUUUCUAUGACAUUAGACAGGAACUUGGCCUCAAAACACUAGCGAAAAUACGAACGCUCUGUUUGACCUUCAUCAUGAUACGCGCCGGUCUUCAACUGACUACCACGCCGAUCCGUCGACAUCCCGUCUUCGUCGCAAUUCUUGCUGUCCUACCCUGUACCAUGGAAAUGUUCAUCCUUGCUAUUUGCGCAAAAUAUAUCCUUAAUUACCCUUGGAACUGGGCCUUUAUGACCGGUACAAUCAUUGCUUGUAUGUCCCCUGUUGUUACUGUCAAUUGUAUGCUGGCACUGGCCGAACAUGGCUACGGUGAAGACAAAGGAUUGGCUUCUUUACUUAAUGCGGCUACUUCCAUCGACGACAUACACAUCCUCUCGCUGUUCUCCAUUUUCUACGCCGCCGUCUUCGGCGAAGAUCAUCCAACUAAGUGGUGGUCGUAUAUACCUAGUGGCCUUCGAGAUCUUAUCCUAGGCAGUUUGGUAGGACUCCUUCUUGGUACUUUCUUGGCCUUUUUCCCCCAUCGUAAUCAUGAAUACGCAACGUGUUACCGACUGUCAAGCUUGGUACUGGCUGGGUUAAUGUGUACCUCGUCGACAUUGAAACUCCCCAUCACCGGUGGACCAUACAUUGCUAUCAUAAUAAUGUCCUUCGUAGCUACUACAGGAUGGCGAAUAUUAACAGUAUCCUACGACACAAUGCCAUUUCGAAGAGCAACGUACUUCCUCUGGCAUUUUAUGCAGCCCGUUUUGGUUGGUGUUAUCGGAGCCGAUAUCGAUUUUACGGACUGGUCCUUAUCAAGAUUCGGCCUUUAUUGUAUUUGCAUACUCAUUGGUUUAACGACACGUUGCACCGUUGCCAUUUUAUCGACGAUCAAGACGCCCUUCUCCUGGAAGGAACGAACAUUCAUCGCUCUUGCUUGGAUUCCCAAGGGUACUCUUCAGGCUGCAUUGGCACCCAUGACCUAUGAACGCACGACCGAAGAAAAUCCAAAACAAAUCGAACUGGCACUCGACGUCAUCAGAAUGUCGAUAGUUGCUAUCGUCUUUUUAGCGCCUCUCGGUGCGAUCGUCAUGAUGAUAUCCGGCCCUAUUCUCUUGAACAAGCUCAGCAUGGAAGAACAUGAGAGGGAACGCCGAUUGAGUUACUUUCGUAUUCGAAGCCUACAGCCUAUUAGGACUCGAGGAAAAAAAAUCAGCAUAUCCGCUGAACUGUCGUGAUU